AUGACUCGUCCGAGGGCGCAGCUCGUCACGACGGAAAUGGCACGAGGCCGUGGACAAUCCGGCCUCAUUCAGGCCGCCAUGACGACGCGACCAAGUUGGCAAGAGCCGCUUGCGGCUUGUGCGAGAGUGAAAGCAACCAAGCGACCGCAGCCCGGAGGGUGGCGCCGCUUUGAUCCGUCCCAGACGCGCACUGAGCGCUCUGCCUACGCGUCGCUGUGGCGACCGUUGCUCGGGACGAGGCGGCCUGAUUUGUCGCUUUCCUGCCCCAGCCCAUUCCUCUUUGAUGGGUCGUUUGUUGCCGCGACGGCCAGCCGACGGGCUGCUGCGCGUCUGCCUGUUUAG